UUAUCGUUACCAAAGUUCCGGAUGCCGAAGCCGAACUCGAUAAUUGUCAUGUUUUAGAUUAACUUUUUAGUUUUUACUGAAUAGUGAAUUGUUUAUCCCACGGUGACAUUUUGGAGUACGCUCGAUUAAUCUACGUUUACCCUCGACUUCCAACACCAGAGUAAUAUCUUCGUCGGUAGUCGAUACAUAACUGAUUAGUUUAUAGAAAUUGUGUAAAAAUGUUGGACACACGUCCAAAUCAUACCAUCUAUAUAAACAACUUAAACGAAAAAAUAAAAAAAGAUGACUUGAAGAAAUCUUUGUACGCAAUAUUUUCACAAUUCGGACAAAUACUCGAUAUUGUGGCAAUGAAAGGUAUUAAAAUGAAUGGACAAGCGUUUGUUAUAUUUAAAGAUAUAACCAGUUCUACAAAUGCUUUACGUGCAAUGCAAGGAUUUCCAUUUUAUGAUAAGCCUAUGCGUAUACAAUUUGCUAAAUCAGAAUCAGAUAUAAUUGCGAAAAUGAAAGGUACUUUUGUUGAACGCCAGAAAAAACCUAAGAAGCCAAAGGAUGACGAAGAAGCAAAAAAGAGACGUAAAGCAGCCAAAGAACAGGCCCGUGCUUUGGCACAACAAAACAACCCUGGGGGUGUAUCUGGUGGUAAUGUACCUGAACAACCGCCUAACCAGAUUCUGUUCUUGACCAACCUUCCAGACGAAACGACUGAGAUGAUGUUAUCUAUGCUGUUUAACCAAUUCCCUGGAUUCAAAGAAGUGCGACUUGUACCAAACAGACACGAUAUUGCUUUUGUUGAAUUCGAAAAUGAACACCAAUCAAAUACUGCCAAGCUAUCAUUAAAUGGUUUCAAGAUCACACCUACUCAUGCAAUGAAAAUUACAUUUGCUAAAAAGUAAAAUUGUUCAUGACAAUUAAUGCACUGAUCAUUUGUGAAGUAACAUAACAUAUAUAUUAUUAUAUUUGUAUAAGUAUUCAAGAUUACAAUAAAAAAACUUUUUAAAUAUUUCAAAUAAAACUAAUAGGGAUUUAGGUUUUUUUAAAAGAAUUUAAAUUUGGUGGUGUCAUUGAAUAUGGCAUAGGCUUAUAUACAGUACUCCAAAAAACUACUGUAUCACUUUCUACAUGAUGAAUAAAAAAUAUAAAUGGCUUGUUUAUAUUAAA